AUGGACAACCGACAACUACCAUAUCUAGAUCGUUACAGCGGGGCCAUACCCACUCUCGAAACCAAAUCCCCAAUCGCAACCUCCGGCCAACCAGAAGGAGACAGAGACGCCCCAGCCCAAACACCCUGGUAUAACCCACGGGGCUGGUCCCUGCGCACGAAACUCAUCGCCAGCGCAACAGCCAUAGUAACCAUAUUGGCUGCAAUCCUGGUCCCCGUCGAAAUAAUCCAAAACCGCUACCCAAACUACACACCCCUGAACUACACCCUCGCAGACGAGUACUCGGGCCCAAACUUCUUCGAACAAUUCACCUAUUUCACAGACGAAGACCCAACAAAGGGCUUCGUCGUCUACGUCAACCACUCAACAGCCAGAAACCUAAACCUCACUUAUGCAUCCGAAACAUCGGCCAUCCUGCGCGUCGAUGCAUCAACCCCAAACGCCCGUUCUGGGCGGAACUCCGUCCGCAUCGAGUCGAGAAAUACAUAUGACUCGGGUCUCUUCGUCUUCGAUAUCAUUCAUACUCCCUUCGGCUGCGCGACCUGGCCUGCUCUGUGGUUAACCGAUGGCUAUAACUGGCCGAUGAAUGGCGAGAUCGAUGUUCUUGAAACUACAAAUGUUGGAAGCCAUGGGAAUGAAAUCAGCAUUCAUACUACCAAGGGGUGCAAUAUGGAUGUCAAGCGCAAACAGACCGGUCGGGCUAUCUUUGAGCAUUGUGAUAAUGCCACGAACGGAAAUUCUGGCUGUGGUGUCAUCGGCGAUGAGAAUAGUUACGGCGAGGCAAUGAAUAACCGCGGUGGAGGUGUUUAUGCUCUUGAACUUCGGGACGCGGGUAUUCGAGCUUGGUUCUUCCCGAGUGGAAAUAUCCCUGCUGAUAUCACCGCGGGGAAUCCUGAUCCGAGUAGCUGGGGCAUUGCGCUGGCAGAUUUCCCGAGUACGGAUUGUGACAUUGCGGCGCAUUUCAAGAAUCUGAGUAUCAUUGUCAAUAUUGAUCUCUGUGGUGAGCUUGCUGGUCAGAAGCAGUAUUAUGAUACUUUGUAUCAUUGUCCGGCGACUUGUUCGGGCUUUGUUGCUAGCAGUCCUGGCAGCUUCGUUGAUGCUUAUUGGGAGUUUAAGAGUUUCAAGGUAUAUCGUGUUUCUUGA